GACAGCAAAAUAGCCAGAGUUAUCUCCUCAGUGUCUACAUAUCACAACUGUCCGUUGUUCUAGGUAGAGUAAUAAACAGGCAAUCCAAAAUUCAUAUAACUAGUAGUAAACCAUGUUUCUCCCAAUACACAGCACAGCAGGCAUAACCAGAAGCCAAAUGCAAAACAGAAUCAUGCCCCGGCAUUCCUACGCCCAACACGAGCAACAAAACCUUGUUUGAUCUGAGCAACUGAUCGUCCAGAACCACACUUCUCGCAUCUGAGAAAAUACAGGCGAUUCUCCUUUGACAGUAUAGUGUCAGGGGCUUUUGCAUCCAAGGCAGAUCACAUACCUCUCUGUCAACUUCAGUCCUUCUCUCUCAGAUAUUUCUCUGAUCUCAUUUCCUCUCUUCAUUUCACAACUCUCACAUGCCUAUACCUCCCUCCACAUUAUAAACCCAAAUCCCCAAUCCCAAAACCAUUUCAUCAACUCCAAUAUUUCUAACAGCAACCUUUCUUAAUUACUCAUCAUCACCACUCUUCAAUUCUCGCAUUCUCUCAACCCAUCACCAAUGGAACCACAAACCCAGCAACCAACCGAGGAUGGAGGAAGCAACAAAGCAGCAGGGAGUAGUGCUAACAUGCUUUGCAGGCAGAGCAGUACCAGGUGGACUCCCACUACAGAUCAGAUAAGAAUCCUCAAAGAGCUUUACUACAACAAGGGAGUUAGGUCCCCAACUGCAGAGCAGAUUCAGAGGAUCUGUCUCCAGCUGAAACGGUACGGAAAGAUCGAGGGCAAGAAUGUUUUUUACUGGUUCCAGAACCACAAGGCCCGGGAGAGGCAGAAGAAGAGGUUCACUUCAGAUGUUCAUGUGCCCAUGCAAAGAUCAGGGCUUGUUGGUAAUGGUAAUGGUACCAAUUGGAAACCUGAGGAUCAAUAUAUUAACAUGAACAACAAGUACUCUAACAUUUGUCAAGGAGUUUCUUCUGCAUCUGCUUCUGCUUCUUCAGCUGGUGUGAUUGCUUUUAACGGGCAGAUGGGGAACUAUGGUGGUUAUGGAUCUAUGAACAUGGAGAAGAGUUUUAGGGAUUGUUCAAUCUCAGCUGGAGGGGGAACUAGUUCUACUGGUGUUGGUGGAUCUAUUAGUCACAAUUUUGGGUCAUGGGUCGGCUGCAACGUUGACCCAUAUUCCUCCUCAUCCUACACUACUAGUACUAGUACUACUUUCUUUGACAUGAAUGAAGAACAAACUUUCAUGGAACAACGAGGAGAAGAUCACCAGGAGAUUGAAACCCUUCCACUAUUCCCCAUGCACGGUGAGGACAUCUUUGGCAACAUGAAGACUACUUCCGAAGGAGGUGGCGGCUACGGCUACUACUCCGGUGGCUGGGGCGGCUACAACGGUGGCUCUCGCACUUCCCUUGAGCUCAGCCUCAACUCCUACGGCUACAACACCACCAAUUACUACUGAAUCUGAAGAUUCCGCCUUCAUCUCCACCCUAGCCAAGCUAAGCUAGAUAGCUAAUUAUUCUCAGUUCUAAUAUUAAUCCCCAUGUCAAUGUUCAAGUUCCAAUCGAAG